GAGCAUUCUCUGCAGAUCUGGAGCCCAUAGUCAGAACUACAGCUCUUGUUGGCUCCUUGGGGACAUCUGGUCUCCUGGAGCUGUUGGCCUCCUGGACGGGACCUCAGGAGCUCAUUGGCUGGAGGUUCUGGGACCGGUGAGCAGCUGCAGUCCAGCAGAGAACAAUCUCUGCGUAGAAACCACCAUUCCACUUUCCACUUCGCUGUCUGAGAAACCACAUCCUCCCCACCGGGGCACAGGCUCCAUGGAGAGCUCAGAUGUGGAGCUGGACUUCCAGAGGAGCGUCCAGGCUGUGCUUCGAGAACUCAACACCCCAGCCCCAGCCCUCCAGAGUAACCGGGGUAUGUGGAGAUGGUCUCUGCACAAGAAGGUAGAGCGAGAUCCAGGAAAGAGCUCCGUGCUGGUCCGAAUUCUCCUCAGAGAGCUGGAGAAGGCAGAGAGCGAGGAUGUGCGUCAUGUCAUCAUUCCAUUGCUACUCACGCUAAUGUACGUGCUCACUAAGGCCACAGGCAUCACGGAAGAUCUCUACCAUAGAGCUUACACCUUCUGCACCAGGCUGCUGACCCUGCCUGCCCCUUACUCUACGGUCGCCUUGGACUGUGCCAUAAGGCUGAAAACAGAGGCAGCCGUCCCAGGUACCCUGUUCCAAAGGACUGUCAUUGCAGAGCAGAACCUGAUGAGUGAACUGUACCCUUACCAGGAGAGAGUGUUCCUGUUUGUGGACCCUGAGCUGGUCUCCGCCUCCGUGUGCAGCGCCCUGCUGCUGGAGAUUGAGGCGGCCCAGGAGCAGCAGACACCUGAGGCCUGCAUGCGCCACGUGGUCGCCCACGCCCUGCAGGCAGCUCUGGGGGACGCCUGCCACACCGGUGCUCUGAACAGGAAGCUGCAGGCCAGCUCCCGUCGCCUCCUGGAACACUAUUUCCACGCCGUAGUGGCUGCCAUAGAGCAGGUGGCUAGUGAGGACAGUCCCAGCCGGCUGGGACACCUGGAGAGACUCGAGGCGAUUUACUGCUCACUGCUAGGGCCAGCGGCCACAAGAAAAUGCUGCAUAGGUGACCUUCUCCAAGACCGACUGCCAAGCAUCCCUCUGCCCAGCCCUUACAUCACCUUCCAUCUGUGGACCGACCAGGAGCAGCUCUGGAAGGAACUGGUGCUCUUCCUUCGCCCACGCUCCCAGAUGCACCUCAGUGCUGACUUGGAGGCCUUGGAUCUACAAGGAUUUAGGCCAGACUGGGACUUGGCCCGGGUGUCCACUGACAGCGGUAUUGAGCGGGACCUUCCUUUGGGGAGUGAUGAGCUCCCGGACGCCAGCAGCUCGGAGAUGGAGCGGGCCGCACUGCAGCGCAGGGGAGGCAUCAAGAAGCGCGUGUGGCCCCCCGACUUCUCCAUGCCUGGCAGCUGGGAUGGGCCCCCGGGGUUGCACCGGAGGACGGGCAGGCCCAGUGGGGACGGGGAACUGCUGCCCGGAGUCUCCAGGGUGCAUACGGCCCGCGUGCUCGUGCUCGGAGACGAUAGGAUGCUGGGACGCUUGGCCCAGGCUUACUAUAGACUCAGGAAACGGGAAAGCAAGAAGUUCUGCCUCACUCCUAGGCUCAGUCUGCAACUCUACUACAUCCCCGUGCUGGCUCCUCAGGAUCCAGAAGCAUCCAGAAAGCCUGAGCUGGGAGAGCUGGCUUCCUUCCUGGGUCGAGCAGACCCGUGGUAUGAAAGCACUGUCAACACCCUGUGUCCUGCCAUUCUCAAGCUGGCCGAGAUGCCUCCCUGCUUAGACACGUCCCAGACGGUGGACCCCUUUAUCCUGGAUGUCAUCACUUACUAUGUUCGCAUGGGCACCCAACCCAUCUAUUUCCACCUCUACAAGGUUAAGAUCUUCACCAACCUGAGUCACGACCCUACAGAGGACAUUUUCCUCACUGAGCUGAAAGUGAAGAUCCAAGACUCCAAGUCCCCCAAAGAGGGCUCUUCACCCCGAAGGAAAGGGGCGCCUGAGGGCACAGGAGCUGAGCUGUCCGUGUGCUACCAGAAGGCCCUGCUCAGUCACAGGCCCCGAGAUGUCACUGUUUCUCUGAGGGCCACCGGGCUGGUCCUGAAGGCCAUUCCAGCUGGUGACACUGAAGGGCUCUCCCACUGCACCUCACCAAAUGCUGCUUCUGCUCCGGACUGCACGUGUCUGCACGUCAGUGUCACCGAGGUCGUCAAGUCCUCCAAUCUGGCAGGAAGGUCGUUCACGAUGGCCACAAACACCUUCCGGACAUCCAGUAUCCAGGUCCAGAGCCAAGACCAGAGGCUGCUGACACUCUGGCUGGACAAGGACAGCCGCCGCACUUUCCGGGAUGUGGUCAGGUUUGAGGCUGGCCCCUGCCCAGAGCCGUGUUCACGGGCCCAGAAAUCCAAGAUGGCGGGCCUCAAUUCCCAUGGGCAGAAGACAGAAAAGAGUAUGGCCAAGCUCAGUCCCCUUCUGAUGCCCAUCAACACAUUCUCUGGCAUCACCCAGUGAGCCUGCCAGGAUAGUGGAAGAUCUGGAUCCAGGGGCAGCAGACCCAAGAAGAAAGAAACACUACCUACCCACCCACCCGUAACACUCAUACUGACAGCCUCACCGGGCAGUUCUGCUUGGACCAGGAGCCAGAGAAUACCCGGGAGUUGAGAGAGCCUGGAUUAUGAUGAAGAAGGGGGCAUGUGAUGAAGAAGGACCUAUCCCAAGGCUGUUGGAUUUCUGGACAAGGCUGGGAUGGAAUGAACACAUGCACACACAACCCAGUUUCUUCCAGAAACUUCACUCCCACUUCCCAAGCUGUCUUCAUGACCAAUUCAAGCUCCCUAGGGAAUCCUGCGGGAAUAGCUGGGUGGUCAACGGUAGAGCACUUGCCUAGUAUAUGGGAGGCCUUGGAUUUGACCCCAGAACCACAAAAAGGGGGUCGGAGCUGAUGGAUACAAUUUUUGUAUGGAGUCCUGUGGCUGAGGAAGAAACAGGAAGUAAGCAAGGGACACUGUACCUGCUUCCUGCUGAUCUUGUACCAUCCUUUCCUGCUCUCGGGCCAUGGUUCACCCGUGCUGAGGCGGGUCUGUCUCAGGAGAGAAGAUGAUAGUAUCAAUAAAAGCACAUUGAAGUGUU